CGUCUUAUGGUCGUUUCCUAUGUUCCUAAUCAGUGAUCUCAAGAGUAGUAGUUGUUGUAAAAACAUUCAGGAAUAUUUUUCUUGUACCCAGUCGAGAUUAAAGAUGUAAUUAAAGUGUACCGGAUUAAUUCAGUCCCAUCAGAUCAGUGAUAAAUGCCCAAAGAAAUAAACCAAGGACACGUGGGACAGUGCAACCAUAUAUGGAACGAAGCCCAAACACAUACUUUAAACGGGUGUGAUGAUGACGAUCGUAGCUGAAAAUGACAACUAGGUAUUGGCAUUAUAGAGCAGUACUCAUAUUAAUCAUACAUUUAUGUUUAUAUGCAAGCUGCCAACACACUGACCUGCAGCUAUGCAAGCGCUGUAACGGGACACUGCAGAAUGCCACCGCAUUGGGACUGUAUUGCACUUCAGUCGAGGGUCUGGUCGACGGCCGUUGCUGUUUGCGAAAUGACAACACAAGCGAAGCUGCCAACGUCAUUGGAUUGGAUCUUUCAAACUGUAAUUUGAAACAUGUGGAUGACCUUCAAGAAGCAUCUACUGCUAUAAUGAUAGAUCUGUCACUCAACCCUAUUUUCAACUUGAGUGAUUCAGUGUUUCAAGGAUUUAUUCAGUUAAAUUACAUCAAUCUGCCUGCAAAUCUUGGAUGUCCAGGUGGGAAUGCAUCCUGGGAGAAAGUGGAAGUCAAAGGUGACAGUUGUCUUUGUGAAGGUCAGAAGAACUUUUGUAACCAGACUGGACAGAUGUCUUUAAAUUGCCCAGAGAACUCCCUCUGUGCUCCUUAUGGCCCUGGUCUCUUUGAGUGCAGCUGUGUACACAACUUCCAUGGAUACAAGUGUCUGAGAGAGGGAGAGUUCCCUCUCGUCCUGGUGUUUGGGCCUCUGGCGGCCUCCACUGUUGGGGUCUCCAUCCUGCUGUGGGUGACCCAGAGACGCAAGGCUAAAUCAGUCUGAGUUUGAACCUGAGACCCUAGUGUAGGGCCUUGUCCCGGGGCUUUUUGAUAAUUCAGUCGAGGGAUGCUGGACAAAAAAAAACAUACUGACAUAAAAUACUGACAUAGCUGACUGAGUUGAUCUCAGUUAAAAUUUUAAUGACUGUUUUGUCUUUGAAAGGCAGCUAAAGGUUUUUUGCAAAAGGUUUUUAACUGACAUGUAUAUUGAUUUAAAAUGUUGUGUGAAUGAUUGUUACUC